AUGCCCAUAUUUUCUAAAGUUUGGAGAAAAGAUUUGGGGGAAACUGAAAUUUCCCCUCCCAUACGGAUCCCUAAAUUAGAGAUCCCAUUUUGGGUUGGUACAGUGGUUCUCCAAAUAUCGGGAACUAUGUUGGUCGAAUCUGUGCUAAAUAAGGUUGUGGAGGAGUUUGAGCAUCGCAUUUCAAGCCAAAUAGAACUGAUGACAACAACUCCAAAAGACAUGGCUGCUUCUCACAUCAACAAAUCUUUAUUGAAAUUUGCUUCUGGUGAUAAAAAGGUGAUACAUUAUUUCUUACCUUCUGCACAGACUGAAAGUAAAAAUGAAAAGGUGACAAAGAAAGAGGUUAUCCAGAAAACCAACAUUUCUGAUGAGAAAUCAAAAGGGCAACUCCUGAAACAGAAAAUGGCACUUGAUCAACAGCAGAGAGACAUUCAAGAACUGAAGCACACUCUUCACACUACAAAAGCUGGGAUGCAAUUUAAGCAAAUGAAGUUUCAUGAGGAGUUCACAAUCUUGGUACAAUUUGGGAAAAUAAUUUUCGUUAUAUGCAUGCACGUUCAUGGUCUGGCUCAUGCUGCUUCUGGUUAUCAUAGAGUUCUUGAGGAAAAUCGCAAGCUAUACAAUCAAGUGCUAGAUCUCAAGGGAAGUAUUAGGGUUUACUGUCGAGUGAGACCCUUCCUCCCGGGACAAUCAAAUCAUUUCAGCAAUGUGGAUUUUAUAGAAGAUGGAAGUAUCACUAUUAGUACUCCAUCGAAGCAUGGGAAAGGCCAGAAGUCUUUCAGCUUCAACAAUGUCUUUGGGCCAUCUGCAACCCAAGCGGAGGUCUUCUCUGAUAUGCAGCCUUUGAUUCGGUCUGUUCUCGAUGGUUACAAUGUUUGCAUAUUUGCAUAUGGUCAAACUGGAUCGGGAAAAACUUACACUAUGACUGGACCUAAAGAUCUUACAGAGAAAAACCAAGGAGUAAAUUAUCGGGCUUUGGGCGAUUUGUUUUAUAUAGCAAAUCAAAGAAAAGACACUUUCUCCUAUGAUGUUUCUGUUCAGAUGAUCGAGAUCUAUAAUGAGCAAGUUAGGGAUCUCCUUAUCAUUGAUGGAACAAACAAAAGAUUAGAAAUUCGUAAUAGUUCUCAUACUGGACUUAGUGUACCAGAUGCAAACCCUGUGCCAGUGUCAUCGACAUCUGAUGUUAUUGAUCUGAUGAACCUCGGACAAAGGAAUCGUGCAGUGGGUGCAACAGCCUUAAAUGAUCGUAGUAGUCGCUCUCAUAGUUGUUUGAAUGUUCAUGUUCAUGGAGGAAACUUGACAUCUGGAACUAUUCUUCGUGGAUGCAUGCAUCUGGUUGAUCUGGCAGGAAGUGAGAGGGUAAACAAAUCUGAAGUGACAGGAGAUAGACUCAAAGAAGCGCAGCAUAUGUAA